GAUAUGAAUUAUGUGAUUACUGUAAACAAGGCAAAAUAAUUAACCCAAAUAAAAAUGGUUAUUAUUCAUAUAAUUUGCAUUUUCUUUUGGGGGAAGAAAUCAAUCUUGAAAGAAGUUGAUACUGACAUGUCCAGCGUAUCCAUGUGACUAUGCAGACAGAAUAUCAUAAACAUAAGAUGUAACUGGCAAGCAUUCAAGCAAGCAAGAGUUUGGAUUGUACUUACCUGCACACACACACACUCUCACUCUGUCUUUCUCUCUCUUUCUCUCACUCUCUUGAAUAAGAGACUUGACACUUCCGGCUUUUACAAUUAAUAAUUUCUUUUUCUAGAUAUGUUGGGAACAUGGAAGAAAGAAAUCUAACCGUCAUCAGGGAAUUUGUCCUUCUGGGACUCCCCAGCUCAGUGGAGCAGCAGCACCUCCUGUCUGUGCUCUUUCUCUGUAUGUACCUGGUCACCACCUUGGGGAACAUGUUCAUCAUCAUGACCACUGGCUUUGACUCUCACCUCCAUUCCCUUAUGUAUUUCUUCCUUAGUAACUUGGCCUUUGUUGACAUCUGUUUUACGUCGACUACUGUCCCCCGAAUGGUAGUGAGUAUCUUGACUGGCACCAAGACUAUCUCUUUUGCAGGUUGCCUCACCCAGCUCUUCUUCUUCGUUUCUUUUGUGAAUAUGGACAGCCUCCUUCUGUGUGUGAUGGCAUAUGAUAGAUAUGUGGCAAUUUGCCACCCCUUACGUUACACUGCCAUAAUGAACCUGCGCCUUUGUGUCCAGCUAGUGGCUGGACUGUGGCUUGUUACCUACCUCCACGCCCUCCUGCAUACUUCCCUAAUAGCUCAUCUGUCCUUCUGUGCCUCCAAUAUCAUCCAUCAUUUCUUCUGUGAUCUCAACCCUCUCCUACAGCUCUCUUGCUCUGAGACACUCAUGGUAAUGUAUCCAGGUAUUGGAGUUGGUGCAUAUUUAAGCAUUUCUUGUUUCAUCUGUAUUGUGAUCUCUUACAUUUAUAUCUUCUCCACUGUGCUGAAGAUUCCUACCACUAAAAGUCAGUCAAAAGCUUUUUCCACAUGCCUUCCUCAUCUCAUUAUUUUCACAGUUUUUAUCAUAACUGCUUUUUUUGUUUAUUUGAAGCCACCCUCAAAUACACCAUCUGUUACUGACAGGCUGCUUUCUGUGAUCUACACUGUGAUACCUCCAGUAUUUAACCCUGUAUUCUACAACCUGCAGAACAAAGACAUGAAACAUGCUCUAAUAAGGUUGUUGCGAAAAAUAUAUAGUCAGGAAGCUUACUUCAUUUAAUACCUUCAAGUUCUGUCAAUGAGUGCCUUACAGAUCACAAGAAACUUUCCUUAUUUUUAACUUGGGAAAUACCAGAGAAAAGAAAGCAACAUACUCACAUAUUUUUCCCUGAAGAAAUAAAUACUCAAGAGCCUAACUCACUAUUUCUAAGGUCAGUUAAUUGCAUUACAUCAGGAUAACACAUAGUGUUAUGGUAAUUAUUUGGUGUUCUUCUACGACAAAGCAUUUCUGCCUUUGUAUUAUAGCUUUCUGAAAGAUUUGGUUCUGUUUAACAUGAUGCUUUCAUCUUUGGUCUCUUAAUAACCCAUUUUUUUCUAUUUUAUUCACUGAGAACAAAUAAAAAAUGCUGAGGUGAUUCAAUGAGUACAGUAUAAUGCAUUUGCACUACCCGGAUAAAAUUCACACACGACUCCCCUGAGAAUCUAGCUAGUGCUGAGCAAGAACAAUAGUAGGCAAAAAUAACACAGUUAGCUAAGGCCAUUUUAGAGGUGUGCCCAUAUCUGUAAACAGUCCUCAGGACACCGAAAGCAGAGGUAAAAGGAUAUGUUUGAGCCAAGCUCUCCAAGACAAAUGGUGGUCACCCAGGUAAAUAGUAUUUCCAGACAAAGACCAGGCAGAGUUCUGAAAGUCUAAGAAUUGUGUGUGCCUAUGUGUCUGUAAUUCAGAAAGGCCUUUACCUCUCCCUGUAUAAAGAAUAAUGCUUUACAUCUGAUUCUGAAAAGAAGCUUGGAAAUGUGUUAAAAGUUUUGCACAAGUCAUUCAGUUGUGAUUUUGGUUUAACCACUAGUGUCUACAAAUGUGAAACCUUUUUCUUUACCUUCUAUAUAAUCUACCUAGAGAAUCUGUGUCUUAUUAGAAUAACUUUCUGAAUUUUAUAUUGACUUUAUUCUUAUUUAUCUAAGAAAAAUAUACAAAGAUUCCUAAGAUUGUUUUCGAUCAUAUUAUGCUCCUUUUUAAAUCAUGUUGCUAAUGCUUUAUUGUUCCUUGAAUUAACUAGAUGGCCAGAUAUUCAUUUUUAAUCACAUGUUAUCUUAUUUAUUCAUGUCCCCAAAUAUCCUCUGGCAACUAUGUUGAUUUUUACUAUGCCAAAACAAGAUUCUAAAAAUAUAAAUGAGGCUAAAUUAAACUUUCAUGAUAUCUCUUACACAUAAAAUUUUCUUUAAGUUUUCCCAGAGGGAAAAUCACACAAUUAUUUGUUUUUUCCCUUUAAAGAACAAAUAUAUGCUAAACAUAAAUAUAUUACUUUGAUGUGUACAUCUAACUAUUGUCAAGGUUGAGUGGGCACAGUUGUAAAAGAGAAAAGACUGUAACCCUACCCUCAGUUAAAUUUAUAUUGGUGAAAUGUUUUUGGUUUAAAUAUUUAAGAAAUUACAUACAUUUUGGAAAAUCUCUUGAGAUUUUUUUAGUGCCCUCCCUUUUGU